UGAAUGUCUGAAAGGAGCUUAUGUUCAUGUUUGCAAUCAAGCCUGUGAAGAAAACUGUUCAGCUCCCAAAGAGAGAAAGAAGGAGUGGAUUUGUUACACCUGUUCUAAUUAUGUCAAAAAAGGUUUAAUGCCAGCUCUAGCUGUUGCAAAUCAAAUGGGCCUUUCAGAAAUACCUCCUGAACUAAAAGACCUGAACAUCAUGGAGAGACAUCUGAUUUCUAAAUGCAUUCCUUUUGCUAAAAUUAUUCCUCUUCCUAAGGGCAGACAGAAUCUGAUCAGAGGAAAUGUAGUGUGUGUUCCAUCAGAAAUAGAACAAACUGUUGACGCCUUACCCAGACUCAGAAGUGAAUCACAGGUAAUGAGAAUUAAACUAAAAAGAAAACUGUGUUACAAAGGCCAUCAGCUGUUCCAGACUGUAACCUGGUCUAAACUCAUUCAUGCACUGCACAAGUUAAAACAGAUCCAUCCACAGUACCAGAACGUAACAAUCAGAGAUGAACCUUUGCUCUGUGAUCCCACUUUAAAUGAUGAUGAUGAUGAUGAUGAGAACGACAACAUAAGCAUGGACGAUGACGAUUAUGAUGAAGCAGAUUUAAUGCAGGUGGACAGCUGUGAAAGAGAAGCAUUGUGUGAAUCUGGACGUGAACAGGAUGUUGACAUGGUGUCUUGUGAUGGAGAAGAGGCAGAACGUUUACAAAAUGAACACCCAGAACAAAAUGAUGAGGAGAAUGAUGAAGGACAGGAAAGCUCUUUGCCAAAUGGUGGUUAUGCUCUCGAAUCCUGUUUACAACCUCUAGAUAUUGGUGAAGAAAUGUUAGCCUUCAAUGAUAAUGUUUACUGUGUGGCUCCUGCAGAGGGAAAUAAUCCAGUCAGUUUUUUCAGAACACCUAAACUGGAAGCGAUGGCUUUUCCUGUUCAGUUCCCUACAGGUCAGAACACUCUGGAUGAACAGAGACGUAUUAAAGUCACACCGAGCACUUAUUUCAAGUCCAGACUUUUUAAUGUUGAUGAUCGUUUUGCCAGAGACACAAAUUAUCUUUUCUUUGCACA